AUGCAGAACCUCAGUUUGCCGGUGCGGUCGACGCCGAGUCGGCGGAAUCAGGAGAGCAGAAGCUAUUUCACCAGCUACACGCCGCCGAGCUCUACCGAGGCGAUUAAUGGACCGGUGAGGGAGCCGGUGAGGGAGCAGCCGCCGAUGACGGAUCGGUUGAUUGUGGGAGUGGACUUUGGCACGACGUUUUCAGGUGUCGCUGCGGUAUAUACAUCAACGCCGGAUGACGUCGAAAUCAUCAAGACGUGGCUAGGCGGCAAUGGAAUCACCUCGGACAAAGUUCCCACGGAGAUUGCAUACAGCUUCCCUGCCAACGACACAACAGGUGGCGCUGAGCCCACUGUAAAAUGGGGUUUCCAGUUCAAGCCAGACGAGUCCAGGCUGCGGUGUAUCAAGCUGUUCCUUGAUCGCUCUCAAAAGCUCCCCUUUUACGUCAGCCCACUAGACACGGCGGCACAACUUAAGAAGUUCAACAAGAAUGUGGUGGAUGCUGUCAGCGACUACCUUACUCAGAUUUACCGGCACACCAUGGAUACCCUGACGCGGCGUUAUGGAGAGUCCUUUAUGGCAUCGACAAAGGUCGAGUUUGUGCUGACUUGUCCGGCGGUCUGGAGCGAUGCGGCCAAGAAUACGACGCUGCAGGCGGCUGAGCGGGCGGGCAUGGGCAGCCGGUCUGAGAUUCAGAUGAUCAGUGAGCCUGAAGCGGCGGCUGUUUAUACGCUCAAGGCGAUUCAGCCUAAUCACUUGAGCAUUGGUGAUAAUUUCAUCGUGUGCGACGCGGGCGGUGGGACGGUAGACUUGAUUGCGUACAAAAUUAUAUCCCUGAAACCCUUGAGAGUCGAGGAAUCUGCUGUGGGAACAGGAGGGCUCUGUGGAAGUGCCUUUUUGAAUUACAGAUUUGAGGAGCAUGUCCGGACAAGGCUGGGGCAGGCCCGGUUCGACGAGAUGAAGACGAAAAAGGGCAAGACAUGGCAGAUGGGCUUGCGGUACUUUGAAGAGUUUGUCAAGCGCAAUUUCAACGAGGAUGAGCAUCAAGAGAUUAAUGUUCCUUUCCCUGGCCUUCCGGAUGAUGAGGAAGCGGGGCUUGACUCAGGAUUCAUGGUCAUGAGCGCCGAGCAGAUCAAGGACAUUUUCGAGCCCGUCAUCAAAGAGGUGUGCGAUCUAGUUCAAGGUCAAGUGGACGGCCUCCGUGCCAAGGGAGGCAUCGUCUCUGGCAUUGUAUUAGUGGGUGGAUUCGGCCAGAGCAACUAUCUCUACCGACGGCUCAAGUCACAUUUCUCCAGCGCCGCGCCGCCUCCGUACAGCGAGCGGCCAACGCAUGCGACUGCAAACUCUUCGCAGGACAGCGGAUCCAUCGAGGUGAUGCAGCCGGUGUAUGCCUGGACGGCAGUUGUGCGCGGAGCAGUGCUGAGGGGUCUGGAGGGCAACAUGGUCAUCUCUAGGAAAUCUAGGAUGCACUACGGAACAUCAUUUGCAACGGUAUAUGACGAGGAGAAGCACUCGGUGAGCGAGCGAUAUUGGUCACCACUGUGGGAGCGCUGGAUGGUGUCAGACCGGAUGCAGUGGCACAUUGCCAAGGGUGAAUCGCUCUCUCCUCUAUCUCCCAUUGCGUUCCAUUAUACUCGCAACUUUCGUCCCGGCCAGUCGCUCAUCGUGACGGAUGACCUGAUUGCGUGCGACGCCGACGACCCCCCUGCAGCAUACACGAGGGAUCUGGUCAAUGUAUGCACAUUGACAACGGAUCUAAACGCGGUGCCGAGGAGCUUGUUUACAAGGUUAACCACGACUAGAGGCGUGGAAUUCGACAACCUUGACUUUACGUUGGAGAUGAUUGUGGAUAGUGCGGGGCUGGGAUUUGAGCUCAAGGUGGAUGGCGUGAGGUAUGGGCGGGUGGAAGCCGAGUUUCAUUAA